AAGUCCAUGCGACUUGAGCGGAAAAUAAUCUAAAUUACCAAAGUGUAAUCACACAAGAUACCAGUAACGUAUACGUUUGUGUUGUGCGUUAGGCUACUGGAAAAGAUAAGCAAUUUCAUCGGAAUUGGACGUGAUUGAGAGAGACCUACUUCAUCUACAGUACUUGUAUCACAGACAAUGGCAGACCAGGAGCCAGAUCAACCACCUCCACCCUACCCAGGGGAAAAUAAAGCUUACCCGCCUGGAAGUACACCGUACCCUCCCCAGCAGCAGCAGGCCUACCCCCCUCAGGGUCAACCGGGCUAUCCUCCUCAGGGCCAACCACCCCAAGGCCAACCGGGCUACCCCCCGCAGGGCCAACCAGGCUACCCCCCACAGGGCCAACCAGGCUACCCUCCCCAGGGCCAGCCAGGUUACCCCCCUCAACAACCAGCAAGCUACCAACAGCCUUACCCUCAGCAGGGUGGCUACCCCGCCGGUCAAGGGAUGCCCCCGCCGGGCGGUCAGCAGACUGUGGUGGUCGCCCAGCCGACCCAGAUGGUGACCACGGUCGUUCAGCACUUUGGUGACGCCCCGUCCAACACCAAGUGCCCCAACUGCCAGAACCAGGUCACCACCAUCGUGUCCCACGAGCCGGGCACGAUGGCCUGGCUCUCUUGCUUUCUCAUGUUCAUCUUUGGAUUCUGGCUCUGUUGUUGCAUUCCCUUCUGUGUUGAUGGCAUGCAAAACGCAAACCAUCAUUGCCCUGUCUGCAAAUACCGCAUCGCCACCUACAGCCGCUAGCCGUUGCCAUGGCAUUGAGUCCUCCAUGCUGCAAGAUACCUAGGGGAGGAGGAGAAGGUGGAGGAGGAGGAGGAGAAGGAGGAGGAGGAGGAGGAGGAGGAGGAGGAGGAGGAGGAGGAGGAGGAGGAAGAAGAGGAAGAGGAAGAGGAAGAGGAAGAGGAGAGAAUGUCAGUGAUACUGGGGCAUUGGGAUCAAGUGGCUCCACAGAUUCUUUCAUAUUUUAAUCGCAUUCUGUUUUAAUAUUCCAAAUCAUAGAACUUUUACAUUGUCAGUGUACUUAAUAUUAAAAUGGAGAAUCUCUUUGGCUUUAUUCAGUCACGUUUCUACGUAUUUGAUUACAGUACAUUAUCAGGCCUUUGAGGUACGUGUACAAGACUACGGAUGUACCUUCUAUGGGUUAAUUCAAAAACAACAUUCUAUUUAUAUUUUUUUUACAGAAGUUUAAAAGAGGGGGGGGGGGGGGGGGUGGGUGGGCAACAUGAAUUCUUGAAAAGAGAAAGUCACGUUAUAUUACGGUAAAAAUUAAGAUGUGGUGGGUAUUAAAUCACAAAUUUUCUGGAUAGGAGCCUUCCUGGUCCAUCCAUUGUUUUGGAUUUAUACACUCCAAUGAAAAUUCCUUAAAAUAAUGAAAAUGAGAAUCUCUAGAAUGGCCUGAUUUUGAUGCAAUAUGCCACGAUGCUGUAAACAGUGGCCUUUCAUAUGAUUUAACUGAUCUAAGGUGGAAGUUUUGAAUUAGCUGCAUAUUAAAAAUGAGGUUAAAAACUAGUUAUGGAAGUCAUGAAUUAUCUUUUUUAUAUGUUUGUUAGACUCCAUCAAUUGUAUCUUAUUUUUACAGAUGCAGAGAUAUCUUAUUUUGAAUUAAGUUAAAGAUUUGAAGAGCCAUUAUCAAUGAAGCAGCUCAUAUGUAGAAUAUUGAACAGGGAAAUGUAUUUUUUGUUGUUGUAAUGUUCUUUUUUCUAGAUUAUACCAUAUAUCUUGUUUGAUGAUUUUACAUAUAAAUACUAUAUAUAUUAUAUAUAUACGCCUGUAUUUGGAUUAAGUUUUGCUCUAUCAAUGUCCAUCUACAUCUUUUGUUCUAUCUACAACUCGUUAUCUAUUCACAUACUACUGCUUCACUUAUCCCUUUAUAGUGUUAGUCGACUGGCAGAAAUAUAUGUUUUUGAUGAAACAUCAAGCAUUAUUAUUCAUGUCAACAUAGGAGAAGAUAUUCAUUGGCAAAAAAAAAAAAAAAAAAAAAUGGAUGGGGAUCGAUCGAGUCUAAAUGUUCUGCUGAAUAAAUGUUCAAGUUCAAGUUCAAAUUUUAUUUCCAUUAUCAACGGGAAAAACACAAAUUUUUAUAUAGAAUAAAUAAAUUACAAACAACAGUUUGUAUUAUAAGUAUCCUUUUCAGUAUUCAAAAGUAAUUAUACAAGUGUAAGUGUUAUUUUUCUUUGCAUAACAAAAGACAUUUUUUAUAUAAUUCAUAAUUUAGUUACAAGGAGUUAUACGACAAUCAACCAUAAUCAUGGAAGAACUGCAAGACUUCAACAUUUAUUAUUCAUAAUGACCAUUAGCAACCUAAAUCUAUAUAAUUUUUAAGUGUUUAAAUUUUCAUAUAAGGAUGAUAAAGCUGUUAAUUUUCAAAAUAGGAUCACAGUCGCUUCAUACAGUGUGUAUUGGGCUGGAGGCAUGGCAGGUGUGCAUGAGAUUGAGUUUCAUUUAUUUGGUAAAUGUUAAUAAAUGCUUAUCGUUCAGAAAUUAAAACCAAUACUUCUAACUGUUCUUAAUCGUUCGAAAUAGGGAUAGCGUUUUGUGCAUUGUAAGUUAAUGCCAAGUGUUUAUAUAGAUAUAUAUUGGUAUUUGUAAUUGUAUGUGUAUUCAUAGUCUAUAUGAAUAAUAUAAAUGUAAUACAUGUUGCAGGAUGCUUCAAAGUUGAGUGAUGACAGUGAUGUACCCUCGUUAAUCCCACUUUAUUUGUUAAAUUUGUUUACUAAAUUUUUUGAGCACAGAAUACAAUCUACAGGUGCCACGUUAAUAAGUAUGAGAGGAUCACUCAGCAAACAAAUCCACACAGUUUGAAAUCUAUAUACAUCAACAGGCCUAAAUGAACUAUUUAAUUUCAAUAAUUAAAUGAGCAUUGUUUUUAAAAACUUUUAAAAUGGGCUGCAGACAAUUGUUUAUUUCUGCUUUGAGCAGGUUGAAAUAUGUAGCAUGCAUGAACAAGUUGCUGAAGCUAAUUGACAUCAAAUAUCACAUUUUGUGAUAUAGGCUGAAAUCUGUAGACUCAAAAAAUUCAACUGAAAUAGUAUUAGGCUUGUUCCAGGCUUUCUUCAUGUAAAUGAACAACAUGAUUCCCAUUACAUGAAGCCUAAUAGUCUCACUCAAAGAAAUAUACUUCAAUCGUCAUAGCAACUCAUGAAUCAAACAUUGCUAGAGACGAUAAAGUGACAUAUCAUUGUCAAGUUGCAGAGUAAGAAAGGCUUUUUAAUCAAGACAAUUUGGGACAAAUAAAAAUAAAAUUAAAAAAAAACUGAUGAUAGGAACUUGAAAGUGUGAUGUUUUUCAAUAAACAGGUAAAUGGAAAGGGUACUAUACAUGAUAUAUCAUGAUAAUAAUGUUAUUUCCCUGAAUGUAUGUAGAUUAUAAAAAACAACUCAAAUUAAAGAAAGUUUAAAUCCUCCACUGAAGAAAUGUUGUCAAAUGGGUUGGCCGUUAGAGGUGAAAGUUAAUGAAAGCAUUUCUGAAGAGAGGAAGAGAAUACUAUAUAUUGACAAGUUAUUAAUAAGCAUUUUGUCUUGAUAAUGGACUAUAUAAACUUGUUUCCAUGUAGUUUAGUGUAAUUUAAGUAGAUUUUAACUUCCUCUACGAAUCAACAUUCUUUUAUGAUCAUUCUUAUUUAAUUUUGUGAAAUCUAUUUCAUAUAUUUUCUGUUUUCUUUUUCUUUUUAUAGUGAAUAGCAUAUCCUAUACUCUCAUUGUAACAUUUAUCAAUUUUUAUUGUGUGAAUUUAUUGUUAACUAUUUCAAGAAGAUGUUACAGUUUAUGUCUUUAUGCGAUCUAAAUGCAUCAUAAGUUACAGAUAUAUUCCAAAUUUUCAGAUUAAUUAGUUUUAUUUCAUAGACAGAAUAUCAUGUGAAUGAAACAAGUAUCAAUAAUCUUUCAAACUUUUAUAAAAAGCAAAUUGCAUGCUGUGGUCUUAAAGGGAAUUGUGUAAAGUGUUGUUGCUGUGUUAUCUUGAAUUAUUGCAGAUACUUUUGUAAGUUUAUACUUACCGGCUUACCAAUAUUUUCCGGUAAAUAAGAUGCUUAUCAAAAAAAAAACAACAUUAUUUUAGCAGCAUGUGUAUAUAUAGUACCAUACUGAACAUAUAAUUAUUUGUUUUUCUAUUCUUGACCUAAAUAUUUUAUUUUAUUUAACAUUUUGUAAUCUUAUUAUGAACUGUAAUUAUCUCCAUGUUUGAUCAUUUGUGUCGUACUAAUUUUUUUUCACAACUCGUACUUCUUUCAUACUUAUCAUAUUUCGGGAUGAGUGGAUAUCAUUCUUAGAUUUUUUAACUCUUUUGUGUCAAAUGUAUCUUAAUCAGGAGGAAUAAAUUAAUUGGCGUAAAUGUGUUAGCAAUGUA